GAUAAAUUUUACCGACGAAAAGGAAUCAUUUGUUGCGUUUACUUGGUCAGGGAGAAUCUAGCAUGAUUAGAGGCUAUUCACCUGUAACCCAGGCUUUCCUGGGGACGUUGUUUACGUGGGCUGUGACAGCGGCAGGCGCUGGUUUAGUGUUCGUCUUUAAAAGCGGGCAGAGAAAAGUUCUUGAUGGGAGUUUAGGAUUUGCUGCCGGGGUGAUGCUGGCUGCUUCUUACUGGUCUCUUCUAAACCCUGCGAUUGAGAUGGCAGAGAGUUCUGGUUACUAUGGAGAAAAUGGCUGGCUAUCAUUUAUACCAGUCUCUAUUGGUUUUACCCUUGGAGCAGCCUUUGUUUAUGGUGCUGAUUAUAUGAUGUCGUAUUUAGGAAUUGAAUCUUUAGCAGGAUCAUUAACUCCAGUAGAUUCUAUUACCAAGAAACAGGAUCCUGAGAAUGAAGUUCAUCUAAGCAUUACAAACAGACAAGCAAAUGAUAUCAAACCUUCUGUGACAAAGAGGAAGAUGACUACCAAACCAACCAAUAAUAUCACUGAGAGUGAGCAGAAUACCACAGAAUCUGACAGUCAAAAGCUUGCAAGUUGGAGGAGAAUCAUGCUUCUUAUUAUAGCUAUCACUGUUCACAAUAUACCAGAGGGUCUAGCUGUGGGUGUUGGUUUUGGGGCUAUAAGCAAGUCACCAUCAGCAACAUUUGAAAAUGCAAGAAAUCUUGCAAUUGGUAUAGGAAUUCAGAAUUUUCCAGAAGGCUUAGCUGUCAGUUUACCUUUGAGAGCUUCAGGUAUCUCAGUAUGGUGGAGUUUUUGGUAUGGUCAGCUAAGUGGGAUGGUUGAACCAAUCGCUGGAAUUCUUGGCGCAUUUGCUGUCACCUUAGCCGAGCCCGUGCUACCAUAUGCCUUAUCAUUUGCGGCUGGUGCCAUGGUGUAUGUAGUGGUGGAUGACAUCAUACCAGAGGCUCAGACAAGCGGAAAUGGCAAGCUGGCGUCUUGGACGACCAUAUUAGGAUUUGUCAUAAUGAUGUCCCUCGAUGUUGGGCUAGGAUAGGAAAGGGUGACCGUGUGGUGUCGGAAUCGACCAUUUUUAUGCAUGCGCAGAAAUCCACAAAGGGCCUGGCUAUUAUCGUACCAGAGCCCACGUACCUUUGUUCCAGCGGUUCUCAAAGUCUCCAUUUUAAUUUACCCAGCAAACAGUUCUGACGAUUUCCAACUGCUAUUUGACAUCCGUCUGUCGUAUUUAUUGACGGACGUUUGAAUGCAGCCAUCACAUUGCACCCGGCUCUGACUUAUUGGAAUAGCCGUUGUUGUUAACUGCAGUAUAAUUCAAACCUAGUAUAAAGACAGUCAGAGAGUCCUUUUCCCAAGGGCCAAACAAAACUAAUAUACCCAUGGAAAUAGCCUGUUUUUUUUUUCAAAGGGCAGUCCAGCUAAUUUUUCGACUGGAAAUUGUAAAUAAAUUACGCUGGCAUGAUUGUUCUUAAAGUAAUAUUUUGGCAACCUAUUCAUGGACAAUGUUUGGUUUUAGGUAUAGACUAUUUCUCUACUUUACAUUUAAGACAAUAGUUUAAAGUAUUGAAAAUGAAAAUACUAAAAAAAGUAACAAAAGGUACGAAGAAAAACAGAGGGUAAGUCCUACUAGUAACAAAAGGUGUGAAGAAAAACAGAGGGCAAGUCCUACUUUGUUAGUAUGUAACGUUGAAUGGAGGGAAGACAAUAAAUUGAGGAGGAAUUGUUAGUAAAGAAAACAAAAGAGAGGGCAUUGUAAAAA